AACCAACAAAACCUCCUUUACUUCUUCUUCCUCCUCAUAAAGCACACCAACUACUAAAAAUGUCCGAUUCAAUACACCGGAGAAGAGUCCCGGCGACAGACGGAACCAGAGCCCGGAUCCCCAGGACCAAACGUCCGACGAAGCACCAUGCGUCACGUCGUCUUGCCAGUAAGAUUCGCUCAAAAUCUUAUAAGAUCCUCAAACGAAGUUUCUCGGAGCCAAAUCUCCAUCGAAGCAGUAAUAGUGAAGAUGAUGAUGAUCGGCGUUUCUCUACGCCGAUGAAAGAUCUCCCGGCGGAAGAAUCCGAGCAGAUUGUUUACCUCUCUAAGAUCCGUUCAGAGGUUUACAAGAGAGAAGCAGCAAAAGUGAUGAUCAAUGUAUCAGUAGAAGGAAGUCCAGGACCGGUGAGGACUUUGGUUAAAUUGAGUUGCAAUGUCGAAGAAACGAUUAAGAUGGUCGUGGAGAAGUACCGUAAAGAAAGACGAACACCAGAACUCAAUAGAGAUCUUAACUUUGAGCUGCAUCAGUCUCAUUUUAGUAUUCAGUGUUUGGAGAAAACCGAAGUAAUCGGUGAAAUAGGCAGUCGAAGCUUCUACAUGAGGAAAAGGGAACCAGACAAUCUGAUUGCGGUGAGAAGGAGUCUUCCGUCAUCAUUGAAUUUAAUUGAAUCUUUCAUUGCACAGAAGAUUGGGAGAAUCGUGAGGAGGACAAAGAAGAUAUGGAACAUCUUGGUAUGUGCUCAAUGAACACCAAAACCGGUUGAAGUAAUAACAAGUGUUGUUCUAGGUAUGUUUUACACUUGGAGUGGCACAUAAUGUAUUUACUUGUGUUAGCUCCAAUUUCAUACUAUCUGUAUAAAUGUAUAACUUACAA